ACACUAUUCAAUAAUAUUUUAUCACAAUUGUUUAUAGUGAUUGUUUGGUCCUUUUCAACUAUUAUUAUAUCUCUUGUUAGUGCUGUGAGGUUACCAAACAAUGAAAGUGUUCCAGCAGUGAUUGCGUUUGGGGAUUCCAUCUUAGAUACAGGUAACAAUGACUACAUUAAUACCUUAUUCAAAUCUAAUUUUCGACCAUAUGGUAAAGAUUUUGGUGGAGGAAAUCAACCAACUGGGAGGUUCAGCAAUGGUUUAAUCCCUUCAGACUUCCUUGCUGCAAUAUUAGACAUCAAGAAGCUUUUGCCUCCGUAUCUUGAUCCAAAUUUGAAACGUCACGAUCUUCUCACAGGUGUAAGCUUUGCAUCUGCUGCUAGUGGAUAUGAUCCUCAAACUAAUAAAAUAGCAUCAGUGCUAUCAUUAUCAGAUCAACUAGAAAAUUUCAAGGAAUACAAAACCAAGUUACACGACAUGGUUGGAGAAAACACAACAACAACAAUUAUAUCGAAAAGCGUAUACCUCUUGUCCUCAGGAAACAAUGAUAUUGCCAAUACUUUCUUUACAUUACCAUUUAGGCGACUACAGUAUAAUGUUUCAACUUACACAGAUUUCAUGGUUUCACAAGCUACCAAGUUCUUACAAAAUCUUUAUGGACUUGGAGCUAGAAAGAUUGGAGUACUUGGUUUGCCAAAUUUAGGGUGUGUGCCCUCUCAAAGAACACUCAGAGGAGGACUUCACAGGAAAUGUUCAGAACGUGAAAACCAGGCUUCGAUGCUCUUUAACAAGAAGCUGUCAUGCCAAAUAGAUAUCCUUGGGAAAAAAUAUCCUGAUGCUAAAUUUGUCUACCUUGAUAUUUAUAGUGUAUUAUCGGAUUUGGUUCAAAAUACCACUAAAUAUGGUUUUGAAGUUGCAGAUAAAGGAUGUUGUGGCUCGGGAAAUCUUGAAGUAAGCAUUCUGUGUAACCCUCUUAGCCUGGGGAUAUGUUCAAACCGGUCAAACUACGUAUUUUGGGACAGUUUCCAUCCUACGGAAAAGGCAUAUCAAAUUAUUACUUCUCAGGUGUUUGAUAAAAACGUCGAUAAAUUCUUCUGA